UCCCGGCCCCGGGGGAAGUCCCCGGGGGACCCCGGUCCCAGCCCCGGGGCGCCUCGACCCCUGACGGAGCCCGGGCUCCGGGCUGCCCUGUCCCGGUCCCGGGGCGCGGAAGGGCCGGCCGGGGCAGGGCAGCGCGGCGGCCCCGGCGGGGGCGGCCCCGGGGGAUGUGGCCGCCGCUGCCGCCGCUCCCGGGGGCCGGUCCGAGGCGGGGCCCGGCGGGGCUGCCCAGUGCCGGAGCUGAGCGGCGGCAGGUGGGGCAGCCCAGCCGGGUCGGCUGCGGGCAGCGCUCGGUGCCGGCCGGCACCCAGGGGAGCUGGUACCGGGGGCUGGGCCAGGAGCGGGUACCGGUACCGGGGGUCGGACCGAAAAGGGGGGACCGGGGUAGUGCCAGGAAGCGGGUCCCGAGAGCGUAGCAGGUGCUGGUCCCGGUGGCACAGCGUUAGGAUAACGGUGACGCCGGUGCCAAGGGCAGCGGUGGGAGAAGAGGAGCCGGGACCGGAGCCAGGAGAGGAGGGUCCCGAGAGGCGGUGUCAGGAGAGGGGAAAGGUCCCUGGACCAGAACCGCGGCGUUAGGGUCAGGACCAGAGAGGUCCAGGCAGGGAGCAGCGGGGAGAGGAGCCGGUACCGGAGCGCAGGGUUCAGACGGGGAGAGGGGACGGGAUCAGGGCGCGGGGUCAGAAGCAGGGACAGGUCCCGGUGCCGGCCCCGGGGCAGUGCCGGGAGCGGGGUCCCGGUGCUGGGGCAGCGCCAGGAGCCGGGUGUCCGGUGCCAGUCCCGGGGUGCCGGUGCCCGAUCCGGGUGCCAGGACGAAGCGGUAGGAAGGACUUUCCCCCGAGGCUCGGGCUGGGUCGGGGUGUCCCCGGGAACGGGGUCCAGCGCCAGGCAAGGGGGUGCCGGACCCGUGGGCACGAAGCCGACAGCGGGGGGGCCGUUCCGGUGUCCGGGCACCGCGCUCCGAGUGGGUGGCGGGACCGGCGGGAGGGUGGGGUGGAGGGGGGUCAGUCGUCCCGGGCGGCCGCGGAUCCCGCAUCAGCGACGGGGCCGUGGGUGUGAGAAGGAAACGGCACCGACCCGCCCCUGGCACCGCGACCCUCUAAAAGCCCCGGGGCCGCCGCACCGGGACCAUGCCUGCCCCGGCCGCCCGUGCCCCCGGCGACUGAACGGGGCACGCGGAGGCAGCGGGGCCCGACGGUCGGGAUGCCCCGGCGGAGCCCGCUCGCCCUCGGCCUGCUCGGCCUCGCCGCCUGCCUGCUGGCCGCGCCGGCGCUGGGCUGCGGCCCGGGCCGGGGCCCGGUGGGGCGGCGGCGGCUGGGGCGGCGGCAGCUCUCGCCGCUGCUCUACAAGCAGUUCGUGCCCAACGUGCCCGAGCAGACGCUGGGGGCGAGCGGGAAGGCGGAGGGCAAAGUGCUGCGGGGCUCGGAACGCUUCAGGGACUUGGUGCCCAACUACAACCCCGACAUCAUCUUCAAGGACGAGGAGAACACGGGGGCGGACCGGCUCAUGACCGAGCGCUGCAAGGAGCGGGUGAACUCGCUGGCCAUUGCGGUGAUGAACAUGUGGCCGGGGGUGAAGCUGCGGGUGACCGAGGGCUGGGACGAGGACGGGCACCACCUCCCGGACUCACUGCACUACGAGGGCCGGGCGCUGGACAUCACCACGUCCGACCGCGACCGCCACAAGUACGGCAUGCUGGCACGCCUGGCCGUGGAGGCCGGCUUCGACUGGGUCUACUAUGAGUCCAAGGCGCACAUCCACGUCUCUGUGAAAGCAGAUAACUCUCUGGCCGUCCGCACCGGUGGCUGCUUCCCCGGCCACGCCACCGUGACGCUUUGGAGCGGCGAGCGCCGGGGCCUGGCCGACCUGCGCCGGGGCGACUGGGUGCUGGGCGCCGAGCCGGGCGGGCGCCUGGUGCCCACCAAGGUGCUGCUCUUCCUCGACCGUGACCUGGGCCAACGCGCCUCCUUCGUGGCCAUCGAGACGGCCAGCCCGGCGCGCCGGCUGCUCCUCACCCCGUCCCACCUGGUCUUCGCGGCUCGCGGGGCGGCCAACGGCACCGCCACCUUCCUGCCCGUCUUUGCCCGCCGCGUGAGACCGGGCGACGCGGUGCUGGCCCACGGGGCCGGCGGGCAGGGGCUGCGCCCCGCGCGGGUGCUGCGGGUCUCCCGGGAGGACGGGGUGGGGGUCUUCGCCCCCCUCACCUCCCACGGGACCCUGCUGGUCAACGGGGUGCUGGCAUCCUGCUACGCCGUCCUGGAGAGCCACCGCUGGGCCCACCGCGCCUUUGCCCCCCUCCGCCUCUUCCACGGGCUCCUCUCGCUGCUGCCCGCCCGCGCCGAGGCGGGCAACGGGACGGCGCCAGAGACGGGGAUGCACUGGUACUCCCGGCUGCUCUACCGGCUGGCCGGGGGCGUGCUGGGCCACAAGGCCCUGCAGGUGUAGGGCGCUUACCCCCCCCCAGUCACUGCACUGCAGAUCAUCCCGCACACUGCAAGUGGGGGCUCCGGCCCUGGGCCCCCCUUGGAGCCAGGGAGGGGGGACAGGGGCACCCCCAGCCCCAUGGGGAGCCUCUCGGCUCAGCGCUGUGGGGAUGGAGUCCCUGGGAUGGGGUGGCCCAGGGACCCGGGCUCAGGUCCCUGCCAUGUCCCAGAGCCCCUCGCAGCACUGCCGGGGGCCUGGUCCCUGCAUCCCGCCCCCCCGCACACUCCCCUUAUAUUUAUUGCUUCAUUAACCGUUGCGGCUGGGGCCGGGGUCGCUGCCUGUCGAGCCAAGACCGGGCACCACCAGCCCCUGCCCCGGGGCCAAAUCCAGCCCAAUGGGAAGAUGUCAAACCAGCCCAACAUUGAGUACCCGACAGCAGUUCGUGCCUGUCCCCAUGCUGUGCGUCCGCCCCGCUGUCACACGCGGUGUCCCUUUCCCUGUCCCAAGGCGGCUGGACGGGGUGUCUGCCGCAGGCACUGGGCCCGGCUCUAACCGUGCUAACUGCUAACCUGUCCUGCUUAAGAGUUUUAUUUUUCUAUUUAUAAAUGGUAAUAUAAAUGCCCCUUGUGCUCGCCUGCCCCGGCAGUAGGGGCCACCUCAUGCGGCGGGGGGCUAGCCUGCUUUUAACCACUUCUGUUAAAAAACAAAACAAAACAACUACUAUUUAAUUGUUUGGGUAAAUAAAGAGUCUCUAUGGCCCUGGUGGA